GAGAGAGAGGAUCAUUUAUAGUGGUCUGUUAAUAGAGCACACUGCCGCCUCCUGUUCACAACCCCACACUGCAGUAAAGACCCUCACACACACACCAGCCACACACACACACACCCUCACACACUCACACAGGCGCUCCAGCUGCUCUCACUGCUGUUCUGUACUCAGCCUGGAGCCCACAGGAGACCCUCAGCUCUGAGGAUGAAGCUCACUCUGGGGGGGCUGGCUGUGUCUGUGGCCUCUUUCGGGGUCCUGAGCUUCGUGUGUCUGAUUCUGGCCAUUGGGACGGAUUUCUGGUACAUUAUUGACACCUCUAAAAGAGACACCAACUCCUCUGUUCCUCUCAGCUCACACUCUGGACUGUGGAGGACCUGCAACCUUCAGAACCAGUGCUGGCCGUUUAUGAAUCCAUUCAGGAAUGGAAGAAACUUCACAGACUCUCAGAGGCAGAUACUGAACAUGCAGGGGGCCUUCAUGGUGCUGCUGCCCCUCAGCGUGAUCGUGUUGUUCGUCGGGGGGAUGCUGGGCGUCAUUAGCAUGCUGGCCCGGGCCCACCCGCUGCUGCUGGCGACCGGACUGCUGCUGAUGUGUGGCGCUGCCGUCACUCUGACCGGUAUCUGUGUGUACGUGGCCUACUCGGCUGCAGCCUUCCGGGAAGCCGUGUGCAUCUCCGGCCACAAAACUCUGGAAAACAUCAGCAUCUACUUCGGCUGGUCUCUGGUCCUGGCUGCCAUCUCCUGCUUCAGUGAGCUGCUCACAGCCAUCGCGUUCCUGGUGGCAUCAGCGCGGGUGGGCCAGCUAACGCAACAGGAGGAUGAUGACUGCUAUCCCGGGGAGUGAGAUGCACAGCGGGAAUCAGAGUAAAUAAAAUAUAGAGGUUUGGGUACAACUGUAAAAACGAUGAAAACUGUGAAAAGUGGCGUUUUAACUGUUUAAAUCGAGUGAAGCAACGUUUGGUCCAUCCUAGCUCUGAGGAGAGUCUUGGUAGAAAGAGCAUCACACUGAACACACUCUCUACUGUAUUAAAGAUGAUAUUAAUGCUAAAAUAACUAGGAGAAACUUAUGCUUAUGUUCACACAGCAGGUAAAAGUGGCCAAGAUCUGAUAUUUUACAUCAUAUGUAACACAAAUGGGUAAAUUUGUGGCUGUUUAAACAGCAAAAAACACAUAAAAUCUAACAUUUUUAAUUCUGAUUUGGGUCACAUCAAUGUGGCGCUAGCAGUUAAAACCAGACGUGAUUGAUAAUGCCUUCUAUAACGUAAUCAGAGUGGAUGUUGCAUUGAGCCCAUGCAGUAUCAGGCCUCGCUCCUGCUCUGAUAAUUCACAUUUUCUAUAAUUAUCCAUCUUACUUUAGAAGAAAAGCCCCAGUACCUAAAUAAAGUUAAUAAAAUAGAUAUAUGUUUUUUGAUGUCUUAAAUGAUAAUUCUGUCUAUUUAAAAGGAAUCAGAUUUACAUAGUGCUAAUCACAUCUCAGCUAGAUUAGCUUACCUUAGCUUAUAUUAGCUUAGCUUAGUUUAGCUUAGCUUAGCUUAGCUUAGCCACAGUGUUUUGUCAAUCGAUUUCUACUAAUCGAUAUAUGCUACUUGGAGUCUCUGUGCGUUCACCCACCCACAGUUGUAUUUUAGAAGUUUUCAUGUGUUCUAAUUCAUUUAUUAUAAUUCAGUUUAUCUCUGCUGUAUUAUACAAUCUGAGCUUACUAACAAGCUAGUAAAUUAGCACCCAUUCCAACAGUAGAGAGUGUUUAAAUACCAUAUCAGCUUUUUAUUAAAACAGCUUUCCGUAUAGGUAUUUUAUUAGCUUAGCAACCCAGCUAAGAGGUCACUGCUCAUUUCACCAAUAUAGAACUCACAAAUAGCAUAUAGGCUUUUUUAUUAAAAGGAAAGAAGGGACACUAAUUUGUUAGCUAGGUAACUAAGAAAGGCUAAGAUCUGUAUUACAGUCUGUAAUGGAUUCUAGCUAAGCUAAGACUAUGCUAAAUGUUAUGCUACAUUCAUGUGCUUAAUGGAUGAUGCGUUUCUUUGAGGUGAAAGUUGUUCACCCGACUUGGUUGCCUUCAUUUGGUUUCUGUAUUUUUAG